GCAUCCCCCUGUCCGGCGCGGGCGCACUGAUCGUUUCGCUUUACCUCGUCGCCCUUCAUGAUACGGAAGUCAGGCAACAAGCGGCACCAACCGGCGGUAUGGCGGCGCUGCCGCACCAUCCGCUCCCUGAGGCAGAUGCACGCCCUUAUGGUCGUCACUGGCUUCCUCUCCGACGCCUCCGCCCUUCGGGAACUGCUAUUCUCCUCGGCCGUAUCGGUCGCGGGCGCCGUGCCUUACGCCCUCCAACUGUUCGACCGAAUCCCCCGCCCGGACCUCUUCAUGUGGAACACCGUCAUCCGCGGCGCUGCCCACACCUCCACGCCCUCGGACGCCAUUUCCCUGUUCGCGCGCAUGGAGAGAGCCGGCACACGGCCUGACAAACUCACCUUCCCCUUCCUCCUCCGCGCUUGCACCAAGCUCUCCGAAUCCGCGUUGGGUUCACAAUUCCAUGCCAAGAUCACAAAAUUUGGUCUGGAAUCAGAUUCCUUUGUCAGGAACGCACUCAUUAACAUGCACGCGAAUUGCGGCGACUUGGCAGUUGCUGAUUCACUCUUCGAUGGGUCUGCCAGACGGGACGUCGUUGCGUGGUCCGCGUUGAUUGCAGGCUGCGCAAGAAGAGGUGAGCUGACCAUCGCACGUCAGUUGUUCGACGAUAUGCCGUCCAAGGAUUUGAUCUCUUGGAAUGUCAUGAUCACUGCAUGUGCGAAACGAGGGGAGAUGGCAAUGGCACGGGAGUUGUUCGAUCGGGUUCCCGAAAAGGAUGUUGUGUCAUGGAAUGCGAUGAUCGCUGGAUAUGUGCAAUGCGGGGAGCAUGAUCAAGCGAUGGAGGUUUUUGAACAGAUGCAUGUUGCAGGGGAGCAGGCUGAUGAGGUUACGAUGCUGAGCUUGCUUUCUGCAUGCGCUGAUGCUGGAGUUCUGGAUAUCGGCAAGAGGAUACAUGUCUCCCUGAUGGAGAUGUGCUCUAGAAAUGGGCUUUCUACAUGUCUUGGCAAUGCAUUGAUAGACAUGUAUGCAAAGUGUGGGAGCAUUCAAGGAGCAAUGGAGGUUUUCCGGGGGUUGAGGGAGAAGGACCUAUCAACAUGGAACUCGAUUGUUGGAGGAUUAGCAAUCCAUGGUCACUUUGAAGACUCGUUAUAUUUAUUUGAAGACAUGCUUAAGAAGAAAUUGAGACCGGAUGAGAUCACUUUCGUCGGCGUCUUGGUUGCUUGCAGUCAUGGAGGGAUGGUCGAACAGGGAAAGAGAUACUUUUGCCUGAUGCAGAAUGAGUAUGGGAUUGAACCAAAUAUCAAGCAUUAUGGUUGUAUGGUGGACAUGCUUGGGCGUGCAGGACUUCUGAAAGAAGCAUUUGAAUUUAUAGAUAGUAUGAAGAUUGAACCAAACCCAAUUGUGUGGAGGGCACUGCUUGGAGCUUGUCGAAUCCAUGGCGAUGUCAAAUUGGCUGAGCGAGCUAAUGAACAGUUGCUGAGGAUGAGGAAUGAUGCAAGUGGGGACUUUGUGUUGCUUUCCAAUAUUUAUGCUUCAAGAGGAGAGUGGGGUGGAGUGGAGAAGGUGAGGAAGUUGAUGCAUGACAGAGGAGUUAGCAAGGAGGCUGGCUGUACUCUGUUUGAUACUGAUAGUAAAGAGCUCAUGCAAUUUUUGUCACAGGGUAAACCUGGUUUAAGGAUGAAGGAAGCUGCUUGAUUGAUACUACUUUCAUGGCUAUGGAGAUUUUAUAUUAAGGGAGAAACAAUUCCUUUUUCAUUUUCUACAAGCAGCCAUGUAGAGUAGCAUUGGGAGGAAAUCGUGUGACAGCAUAAUUUACCAACUGCUGGCAAUGUAGGUGUUGCCAUUUGAUGGACAUUAUUGGGGGCAUGAACAAAUUAUGGGGGACAUGAAAUGCAUCUGCAAUUUGCAAAAUUGGAGCUAGUAGCAGAGACAAGCAGUGAGAACUAAAGGUUUCAGAAGCUGGAACCAGACAAAUGGUUCUUAAGAAAAGAUUUCAGCUCCGUGGGAGGUGACAUCAGUAUGCCUUUUGUUUUGGAUUGUAAUUUGCAAUUCAAAGGUCACUGGGAAGAAGAUCUGAGUAGUCUCCACAGAAGAUGAUUAAGAAGCACAAAAGACAGUGCAGCAGAUGUACUUCAGGUAGAAGAGAAGGAGAUAGCAGUGGAUGAGCUGCACCAACAUCACCUUCCAAGCAAGAGAGAAGCCAAGGCGACUCGCAAGGCAACCGCUGCCGGCCCAGCAGAGGACGCAGAGGAUCGCGGCCAAGGAUCCGGCUCUCCGAUCCAUGAGCACAUAAAACAGCCCGAAGGCCACCGCAAAGGCGAGGCCGAGGUCGACGGCCAGGACGCCGCCGCCGAGCCAGGAGGGCAGGUCGAGGAGCGGCGGGGUGAAGUGGAAGAGGAGGAGGGAGGUGUAGAAGAUUGGCCAGACGAAGAGAGUGUGGAUGAGGACGUUGGUCGGGUUGCUGUGAUACGCUCCGUAGAAGGCGAAGUGCUUCUCCAGAUCGAGCAUCUCGCCGGCCACGGACGAAAGGCGAGGGAGGUGAUGGCGCAGAGACAUGACGUCGUGGUAGUACGUGAGGAAGAAGACGAAGGGAAAGCGAAUGGGUUGGGGGGUGUUCUGUAGCGCAACAACACCCGGAUUUGGUUGAGGUGAGAAGAAAUUGUUCGAGAUCAGCAGGCAGUAGAAGUUCGAGACUGGUUUGUGUUGUGUCUGUGGGUGUGUCGGAUAUAUUGACUUGAUUGAUUACCCCCCGUUUGUGACAGCCAUGGUUUAUUUA